AUGUUCAGAAACCUUCUGGAGAAGGGAAACCUGCUUGAUCUAGGGUGGAAAAGAAACAAGUUCACAUGUUGUAACCAUCAUGAAGAUGAGUCUUUCACUAAGGAAAGACUUGAUACAGCUAUAGCCAACACAAGAUGGAGAUUAAACUACUCGGAGGCUUCAGUGGAAACACUUCCAGCUAUCUGUUCUGAUCACAGCCCAAUACUACUAUCCUGUAGUUUUGAGAGGUGCUCAGCAUACAGAUACCACACUUCUUUUAAAUAUGAGGCCAAUUGGAACAAGGAAGAAGGAUGUAGCGAGAUAGUUUCUGAAGCAUGGCAAGGGGCAAAGAGACAUUGGCUGAUAGGUGGAGACAAAAACACAAACUUUUAUCAUGCCUGUGUUAAUCACAAAAGGAAAAAGAAUACCAUCACUAGAAUACUAGAUAUGGAAGGAACAGUAAUGAGUGAAAAGGAAGACAUAGCAGCAGGUUUCAAGAGUCACUACACAGCAAUCUACAAGUCGACACAACCUAAUUCAGUAUGUAUUGAGCAGAGCCUUCAGGGUUUGGAACCAAGGCUUAUAGUUGAAAUGAAGUAG